GCAGGCAGGCUGGGCCGGCUCCAACCGUGCGCUCCUCGAUCUAAUCUCCGCUUUAAGGAAAAGCGAGAAAAACGAGUUCCGGAUGCAUCUGUUUUAAUGGGGUUUUUUAAAUUAUUAUCUGAAGACAUGUAACCCUAACGUCGUGAAGCAUGAUGAACGGAUAACGUCACUCCGUCACAGAACGGCAGGGUUUCGGUCCUCCUCCCAGGUCAAUCCACCUGUUGCACCACCUGGAGCGGAGAAGCGCAGAGGAGCGCAACCAUGGGAGGGGUCUAUUCCAGUGAAAAGAUGGCCGACGUUUUUGCCUAUGAGAGCUCAGAACUUGACUGGUGUGAAGACAAUUACAGAUACUCUGAACAUGUCGUGGAGUAUUUCAACACGGUCAGCAGCUUUUUCUUCUUCAUUGUUGCUCCUAUAAUGCUCUAUCUGCUGCAUCCCUAUGCGAAGCAGAGAAGCCUGGCGAUCCACAUGGUCUGGAUCAUGAUGAUUUUUGUAGGACUUUUCUCUGCAUACUUCCACAUGACUCUUAGCUUCGUCGGCCAGAUGCUGGAUGAGCUCUCCAUCUUGUGGGUGUUGGCUGUGGGAUAUGCCACUUGGUUCCCUCGCAAACUGUUCCCCUCUUUUAUCAAAGACAGGUCAACAUUUUCGCGGCUCGUCCUGUUGAUCACUGUCAUUACUACUGUGUCAUCUUUUGCCAAACCCACGGCCAACGCCUACGCCUUAAACUGUUUUGGCCUCCACCUUCUGUACACCUUGGCUGUGGAGAUGAGACGCUGCACUGACCUGAAGGCUCUACGUCUGGCCAAGCUGUCGGUGGCUCUGUGGGUCCUCGCCAUCUCCUGCUGGAUUAGCGAUCGUUUGUGCUGCAGUUUCUGGCAGCGAUUAAACUUCUGCUAUCUUCACGGGAUCUGGCACAUUCUCAUUGUGAUGGCUGUAGCCUAUGGCAGCACGCUGGUAGCUUAUCUGGAUGCCAGCAAUGAAAUACCUUAUUCGCUGCCUGGACUGGCGUACUGGCCCUGUGAUAAAUGGGCCGUUGGAUUCCCCCACAUUGUUCUCUCCAGCUCUCCAAAGACCCAAAAACGGUGCUGACAAAUCAUUAACCCUGGCAUUUCAUUUGUUGUCAAAUGUUCGCUUAACAAAUUGCCUUGCAUCUGAAUCCUACUGAUAAAUGUCACUGCGUUCAUCUUAUACCGUUAACACUGGUGCUGUAAGUGGUCCGGUAUGAAACGGGGGUGAUAGAACAACACAGCCCUUUUAAAUUUCA